CAGAGACAGAAAGGUAAAGAGAGAAAGAAACAGACGAGUGAGGUGAGGGAUUGAACGAGAAAGAAAGAAAGAAACGUUUAGAAUUAUACUAAUUGCAUCAUUAAAUAAAAACAGAGUUAUUAGUGUGACACAAAUCACGUUCCCAGUGGAAGAAAGAAGAGCUACCUUUCUUCUUCUUCUUCAUUGUUACCAAAUUCCAACUCUUCUCUCUCUCUCUCUUCGUGUAUUCGGGUUGUGAUGGAAGAAGGGUUUGUUUGCCAGUGGAGCAUGUUCAGAUCUCUUUUGGCAAUCCUUCAAUGGUGGGGUUUCAAUGUCACUGUUAUCAUCAUGAACAAGUGGAUCUUCCAGAAAUUGGAUUUCAAGUUUCCACUGUCAGUAUCCUGUAUCCACUUUAUCUGCUCAGCCAUUGGAGGGUAUGUGGUGAUUAAGGUGCUGAAGCUUAAACCGCUGAUACAUGUUGACCCUGAAGAUCGCUGGAGAAGAAUCUUUCCCAUGUCAUUUGUGUUCUGUAUUAACAUUGUGCUGGGGAAUGUGAGCCUACGAUACAUACCGGUUUCUUUUAUGCAGACAAUAAAGUCAUUCACUCCUGCAACAACAGUUGUUUUGCAGUGGCUAGUGUGGAGGAAAUAUUUUGACUGGCGUAUUUGGGCUUCUCUUGUACCCAUUGUUGGAGGAAUUCUUCUCACGUCUGUUACAGAGCUUAGUUUUAAUGUAUUUGGGUUUUGUGCUGCCUUGUUUGGCUGUUUGGCUACGUCUACAAAGACUAUCCUUGCAGAGUCUCUGUUGCAUGGAUACAAAUUUGACAGCAUAAACACAGUUUAUUACAUGGCACCUUUUGCAACCAUGAUCUUGGCAAUACCUGCUAUGUUACUUGAAGGAAAUGGAGUUCUUGAGUGGUUAAGUACUCAUCCAUAUUCUUGGUCGGCCCUGAUCAUUAUUUUCAGCUCUGGGGUUUUGGCGUUCUGCCUUAACUUCUCUAUUUUUUAUGUGAUUCACUCCACUACUGCUGUAACAUUUAAUGUUGCUGGAAACCUUAAGGUUGCUGUUGCUGUCCUAGUUUCUUGGCUAAUUUUUAGGAACCCAAUAUCAUAUUUAAAUGCUGUUGGAUGUGCCGUGACUCUUGUUGGAUGCACAUUCUAUGGUUAUGUCAGGCAUUUGCUCUCCCAACAGCCACCACUUCCAGGAACUCCUCGGACACCAAGAACUCCUAGAAGUAAGAUGGAAUUGCUUCCUUGUAAAUGACAAAUUAGAUGAUAAGGUCUAAUUGGUUUAGGCUACGAAUGAGGUUUCUGCUGUUUGGAUGGGCAGUGAUAGCUAAAGGUAGAAAAAGUAUAUAAGUAAAGUGACCUUGAUUAUUUGUUGCGUUAGAUUCCCUUAUCCCCACAGUUUUAAUAGUUCUUUUUUGAAG